AUAUAUAAAACGAAUACCUCGCGCAUGUCGAUUGUCGCGGCCGCGAGUUCAAGAUAAUAAUUCUCAAGAUUUUAAUGAAUAUAUUGCGUAUUUAGAUUUAGAUUUUGCGGGAAAAAUGACAGGUUUUCCCGCUUAAUAAACGUGUGCUGACCAUCAAAUCAUUCAUGUAGUGACAAAUAAUAACAUAAUGAACAUCGUUCCAGCUAUUGCUAAACGAGAAAAAGGUCUACAAUUUAACAAAGAUUAUGACGUUGCCCUACUGCGUUUAAAAUGUCACGAGAAAGACAUUUACAAAGGAAUUUCUCCCAAUACUGAAGCACCAGAUUUCAAUGCGGAACCACCAGUUUUCGCGUGUCGUUUUUCUCCAAAACCUGGCUACGAGGAUAUUAUAGCUCUUGCCAAUGAAGAUGGAAAAAUUGCACUUCAAAAUACCAAAGUCACAGUUGAUCAUGACCCAGAUAAACCAUUGGAAGGGACGCAGGCUCAUUCUGAUGCGAUAUUUGAUCUCGCGUGGAUGCCGCAAGAAAUGAAACUGAUAACUGCAUCAGGUGAUCACUCAGCUCGCUUAUGGGAUGUAACUGAAUCAACUAUAAAAAUGUCACGAAUAUUUUGUGGUCAUACUCGCAGUAUUAAAAGUGUUGUUUUCAGACAUGAAGAUAAAGCUGUCUUUGCAACUGGGGCUAGAGAUGGAGCAAUUAUGAUCUGGGAUAUCAGGGCAAAUUACAAUUUGCAACCAAAGCCUGACAACACUAUAUAUAACGCUCAUUGUGCAGAUUACUCUAGUAGGCCAAGGUUUCAUAAAAAUCCACGUCUUCAAGCAAGAAACAAUCAACCUCAAAGUAUUACAGGAUUGGUUUUUCAAGAUGACAAUACACUCAUAUCAUGUUCUACAGGAGAUGGGAUGAUAAAAGCAUGGGAUCUUCGAAAAUAUUAUGGAACACUCAAAAAAGAACCUAUGGCCAAACAUAUUAUGCAUUAUGGAGGAAAAAGUAACAGAAAUGGUUUUACUUCAUUACUGAUGUGCCCAGCUGGCAUUACAUUGUAUGCAAGUUGUAUGGAUAAUACAAUAUAUUCUUAUAAUAUGUCAUCUUAUGCUUCUAAACCUGUUGCUGAAUACUUUGGUCAUAGAAACUUAACGUUUUAUGUGAAAGCGUGUUUGAGUCCUGAUGGUAAAUAUCUUGCCAGUGGCUCAAGUGAUGAAUCUGCUUACAUUUGGCAUACAAAGAGGCCAGGCACUCCUUUAUUAAAACUUUCUGGUCACAGGGAAGAAGUAACUUGUGUUGCAUGGUGCAGUCUAGGUGAGCCAAAGCUUAUUACAUGUUCAGACGAUUCGUACCACCGAAUCUGGCGAGUUGGAAAAGAACAUUUUAGUGACGAUGAACAAAUAAAUCUGCGUGGUACUGCAGAAGCCGUAUCUCUAUUUUUGGAAAAACCAAUGGAAGUUUCGAUGUUAGAAACAACCCCUACAGUGACGAGACCCAGGACUAAUAAAGAUUACUCAUCAGGAUCUGACAUUACUCCUGGAAAUACUCCGAAUCUCAAUGGACUAGAAGAUUCUCAAAAUAACGCUGGAUCUGUCAAAAGAAGUCAUGCACAAAUGUCUGAUGAUUAUUGGUCAGAGGAUUAUAAAUCAAUUUUAUCUCCUAUUCAAGAAAACUUCGAAGCUCCUGCUAAGCGCCCGAAUAUAGAUAAUAGAGGAGCUAGAAGACUGUUUAGUCCAGGUAACAAAAUAGAUAGGCCGGAAAAACAGUCACCUAACGGUUAUGAAUCUGAUGGGCCUGGUCCAAGUAGAUCUCGAAAACUUGAUAUGGGGACGCCUUUUUCGCCCACAUCAAAUUUACCAAACUUUGUCAUUGAUGGAACUGCUCCUCAUUUAUUAGAAAUGUCGCCACAGAAAUCAAAAGAAAAUAUUGACUGGUUAACGAAAAUUAGAAAAGAAAGAUAUGCUCAAGGAAAUAGUAAAAGCACUGAAAAGCUACCUGGACCAAAAAAUAAUACUACACCAGUUCGUAGGACAAGUAGGUCAAAAUCUACAGAGCCACGAAAAACGCCAAAGAGUCCUGCAACUCCUUUGUUACAUUUUCUUAGACCUUCAGUGAGAGAUUGCAAUAAUGAUCUGUGCCAAGAAAGUACAAACGUAGCUUCAACGUGUCAUACAUCUGAAGCAAAUUGACUAUCAUGACAUGUGAUGUAAUAACUUUAUAGAAUAAGCUAUUUUUAUAUUUUGUAUUCCUAUAGCCAACAGUAUCCCAAUCGUAUUCCAACGUUUGCCAUAUAUAUUAUUAUUUUUUGUACAAAAAUAGUUAUAUAAGUAUUAAUCGCAUAGUUCCAUUUUCGCGUCUUUUUAAAAUAAAUUUAUCUUUGCAACUAUUUGUAGUACUGAUUUUUCAGGGUAAUUUAAGCUUAAAACGUGAAGUAGUAUAAAGUAUUUUUCAUACAGAAUGCAAAGAUCAAAACUAUACUCAUUAGUUAUAGCUGUUUUGUCAUAAUCAUAGAAAUAAUUGUGCCUCGACAAUACUGUCUUAUGUUCUUAUUAAGUUUCAUAUUUUUUAUAUGUAUAAAUGAAUUAAUGUUAAUAUAUGACACUAUGACGACAAAUAAAUUAUUUUACAACUUUUG